UGCAUCAAGCUGUGGCGCAACCAGCUUUCCCUUUAAAACUGUGUUUGUGCACUUGACAAACGUACCGUCCACCUCCUGCUGACAGAGCUGUGCUUCAGUAUGCUGCUGUAUUACAAAACACAGGUUAUUUCACAAAGAAUGGGACAGAAGAAUCAGAAAACAGAAAGCUCCAGCGGUGCUUCUACUGCAUCCCAGCAGGCUACUGAAGGCCAGGACGAUCUCAUCCGGCCGAAGAAACUGUUCAACCCUGUUUUGGAGUCUUCUAGUCGUAGAGGUUUACAUCGUGAACUGCUAGUCAGCCACAGAUGGGGUCUCCUGCCUGAAAAGAAGCCAGAGCUGAAGCGGGUGCUGGACCAGAGGAGACUGGAGCAGCACAGAGAGAGAGAACAAGCCUCACAUCCGCCAUCUGACCUCGAGCAAGAGCUGCACAAGAGACGCCAGAGACUCCUGGCGUACGAACAGGAAGAGCUGAGACGCAGAGAGGACCUACAAAACAUGCCAGAGUUUGUUCGAGUGCGUGAAAACCUGAGACACAUCACCGUCACAGGCUACUGAACCAACAGAAGAACUACGAAUACAACAAAACCCAUUUUCUCAAAGAACUGCUUUUUGUUCUAUCAGAGGGAAUCAUUAUCAUCAGCAUGAUUCUGUCAUUUUGUGUUGUGCUCUCUCACCGCAACCAAAUCUGAAAUGGCUUUUAAAGUGUGCAAAUGAAUUUUUGUAUUACCAUCCAGGGCCCAAAAACUUUUAGAUUAGAGUUUUUUUCCCCCCCAGCUAGUCAUGCUGUGAGCAAGAGAUGGUGAGAAAAUGCAAUAAAAAUCAAGCCUGUCCGCUAUUCGAUAUUCUGUUGCACUCGGAAAUACGUCACAAUACUGAAUAUGGUCACAAUUUCUGGUUCACAUGGGACUUUUUUCUGAAGUGAUUUCAAAUUGAGACGUGGUCACAUUAGCGAAACCUAGGUGAAAA